AUGUUAGAUAUUGGUAUUGAUGGCUCUAGGCCUACAUUGAGGAUAAACGUUAAUGUGAGGCCUCCAAUUGAACCAACAAAUUCAUUUAACGACGACAAUGAUUCGAUUGGAAAUGAAAGAUUGGAUGAUCAUUCAAAGGAGAGCUUGGGUGAUAAUUCAAAUGAGAGUUUGGGUGAUCAUUCAAUGAAUAUACAUGAUGAUCCAACUAAUGUGGAAAAUCAGCCAGUAGAUGCGAAAGAUCUCGAACCCGAAUGUUUUGAAGAAAUGCAGGUGAGGAAAUAUGAGUGUGUAGAUAUAUUUCAUAUCUAUAAGUACAUUGGCGAACAUAGUUGUGGCUUUGAACAUGCCAACAGUAGCCAUAGAAAAGUUUCAAUCAAAGUGAUUGCUUCACUUUGUGUAAAUAUGUAUUGUGAUGGCAAGGGUCCAAAUGUUAAAGAGAUUCAAAGAGCUAUUUUUAAUUCUUUUCAUUGUAGUCCAAGCUAUUGGGAAUGUUGGAAGGGUGGUGUGAUUGCUAAGGAAAUGGGAUUUGCCCACAUGAGAAAGGUAAUUGCGGUUGAUGACACUCAUUUACAUGGUAAAUACGAGGGCGUGUUGUUGAGCGUUGUUGCACAAGAUAUGGAGAAUCAUGUUUAUCUGAUUGCCUUUUGUGUCGUGGACAAAGAGAAUGAUGCAUCUUGGACAUUCUUAUUUGAGAAAUUUAAGGAGAUUGUGGUUGAUGAACCAAAUUUGUGUUUUAUCUCUGAUAGACACAAGAGUAUCGCCAACGGUAUUGUGAACGUUUACAGUCAUGCUCACCACGAAUAUUGCAUGAGGCACCUCGAUGAAAAUCUCCGCGUAAAUCAUCAUUAUGGAGAUUACCUUUAUCUUUACUACAAUGCGGCAAAGGCUUAUUCUUUGGAGGAGUUUGACAAAUAUUUUGUAGAAUUCAAGAACAAAUGCCCUACUGCAGCUGUCGUCCUUGAGCAUGAUAUUGGUUUUGAGAAGUGGAGUAGGGCACAUUUUCCUAGCAAUAGAUAUUGUUAUGACCACAAAUAUCGCCGAGUCACUCAAUGCUAUGUUAAUAGACGAAAGAGAGUAUUCCGUGGCAUUUAUAUUUAA